CGAAUAUUGAAGUUAUACAUGUAUGAUAAUAUAUUUUAGUGACAAUAUGUGGUAUUAUUUUAUUGCUCAUGUUGUCUACCAUUUUACAAGAUGGUUUCCGAAAGACCAACGAUUUGGAGUACGAAUGUUUUCAAUCUUCAUAUCAGGAUUAUUUCUUAUUCCACAAUUUAUCGUUUUGGUUAAGCCAUCAAGUGAUAGGUAUUGUGAUCAGCCAUUAUUAAAUCUACUAAUAGCUUCUCUUGGUAUGACGUUAGCGAUGAUUGCUUUUUCGUUUUUGUUUACCAUGAUGGAGCCUGUACCAUGGAAAUUAAGAAUUGGUUUUCAUUUUUUUGGAUUUUUCUCUCUUCUUGUUGGUUUAAUUCAAUUUGGCAUCACUUUGGAUUCACACGAGUGCGACGUAACUACACCAUCAUUGUACGUGUUGUCGUUGUCGUUUGGCAUUCUGGCGUUUGUUACUGCUUUAUUUAUUUGCAUGAUAGCUCCAUUCUGGUUUGUCAAUUACUUUUGGCCAGGAACUGUUCUGAAUCGAAAAGAACGAAGAGGAGUGUGUUACGAGCCAGUUAAGUGCUGCUCCUGUAUAUGGCACGUUUGAUAAGGCUUUGAAUAAUGCAAGGAAAAACUGUAAAUACAAGAUGGUGUUAUGAUUUUACUCUUCUUAAUGUGUAUAUCAAAGAGUUUAAAACUCCCUUACCAACAUAAUUAGUUCCUUUAAUAAAUAAUAGUACAAAGUUGGUUAUAGCUUGAUGCAAAGAUUAUUUAUAAAUGUUUUGUUAAUAUUAAUCUUUCAAUUUUUAGUAAUUGUUGAAGAACCAUAAAACGUUAGUUCUUCCACAAUUAUUAAACUGUUUAUUAAAACGUAAAGGCAGUACGUAUAUAGAGUCCUGAUGUGCACCAGAGUGUUAAAAUGGUGUUGUUAAGAUAUAAUUCCAUAUUACUUUACUAUUCACAUUUACUAUGUGUAUUUUUCAACAAGGUUUUUCGUGAUUUCAAACAACAACAAGUUCUCCUUUGAAACAAUAUAUAAUAAUUUUUGAUCAAUACAAAGUAACUUUUUUUUUCAAAUUUUUCCAAAUUGCCUUAUAUUUGUUUCUUUUUGUCAGAGAUUUUUCUUAAGGAAAAUAAUUUGUUUAUAUAUUGUGAUUCUUUUCAGGAGUGGAGAAUAUAGCUUUGUAAAUUCUAUUCAUAUAUAAUAAUAUAUAAUUAAAACAUGAUUUCUGUCAUAAAACUAUUUUAUAUCCUGUAACAUUUGUGAUUUUGUAUUGUUGUGUAUAGAUAUAACAUUGGACUAAUAUAUGAUGUAUAUAUUAACUUGAUGAAAAAUAAUAAGGACAUAUAUAUAAGGA